GGGGUAAGAAUUUGAUACACCGUUUUACUAGUCACGAGUGGAAUUUCGGGGUAUCUGAUUUUUUGUUUCGCUUCAUUUUCACGUUUUUCUUUGCGUUACUUCACUUCUCAUCGCAUCGUGUUGCUAUUGCCUCGCUUCUCUUCCCUCCGUUGCUAUGCUGGUUGUUGCUACCAACUCUGUUUCUCUUCCUGAUUCCUUUUAUUUAAUUAUUUUUGUUUUUAUAUAUACUUUUUGGUUAGUUCAAUCGUUUUUUAUUCUUGCAACAUCGUUUGUGAUAUUAUAUCAGUUUGCAUAUCUAUUCGUGUGACUGUGAAUUGCUUGCGUCUUUUCUUCAUGUAAUGUUUGUUGAGAGUAAGUGUUUGAUCGUUGGUUUUUGCGUUCCUUUUUGAUGGAUUGGAUUGGGAGAUUAACUCUUGGUCUUCUUAACUGAAAAAUGUUUUUCUCUGAACUUCAUGGAAACAAUAGGGAAAGAAACUGAAAACGGGCUGGGUAAAAACACUCAUACUCCUUGUAUUAUAUUUCAUUUCAGUUUUAAGUAUAAAUAGGUGAAUUGAUGAGUGUUAGUCGAGAAGAUGUUAACUUAUGAUAAACUUGUCUCACGGUCACGUGUGUUUUGCAAAAAUGAAAGAGCUUGAGAAUUUUACUCUCUAUUUGAGGUUUAUUGUCUAUAGUUGGACUGUAAGAGGUCACUUGUAGAGUAGGUAUUGUGUGAUUUGAGAAAAUGGUAAGAAUGCUGUGGCACAUUUCACAAAUUUUAUAAUGAUAAAAAGAGGUGGUUCCCUUUUGUGAAUUGCACAAGGUCGAUAGGUUUAUCUUCUGUGAUUUUUGCUCCUGGAACCUCUCUUCACACUGUCAUUUUCAUUUUGAUAACAAAACAACAUAAGACGAGGCAGAAGAUAACUUAUCAGUUUCAUUUAUUACUGCAAAUGAAAUAGACAAUACAAUAACUUAUCAAUCAAAUAAUAAUGGUUUUGAAUAGGGAAGAGAGAAAGAUAGAGAGAGAGGGAGAGAGAGACACACACAGAGAGAGGAAGCAGUUGUGAUUUCAUUUUGGACCUAAAUUACUAGGAAUUAUGAAUUGUUAUCAGACAUUGAAUAUCUAACUUCGUGAAACUUUGAGGCUUGAGAUCAACAGCUACGAUUGUUUACAUUUAGUAUUUUCUGUUUUUACUUGUUUUCAGGAUUGGGCAUGCUCUUUAUCUAGUUUGUCUGUGAUGAUGAGGUUUUAUAAUCUUCAGAAGUUCUUACAAGUGAGUUGCUUUCCUUUGAGUAACUUUUUAUAUUACAGACUAAAGAGUAUUGUUUCCUUUCACAGGUCUAAAGAUUGAUGACAAAUAGUCUGGUUUGGGUAUCAAUAACAAACAGCAAGUUCUGUAGUAUUUUACUGGGAAAUAAUGGAAGCACAUCCUACUUUCUCCUUUGAAAGAUCAAAACAACUCAAUAACAUAGGGGUGUCUGGAGCACUUUCUUCAUCCUUGUCAGUCCUUCCAAUACCCCCAGAAGGGAUGUAUCCCAAGCCUGAUUCACAGCUGGAUUCUGUAGAACAUGAGCUUAUGACAAGACCUUUUACUCAUUCAAGUUAUUUAAAUUCCGGUGGAGUUGUUGGGCAUAUUUUUUCAUCUUCCCCUGGAUAUUCAACCGAUCUUCAUCACUCAUCCCUUUCCCCUCAUGAAAAACACUCUACUAAUGCUCACUUUGUUUCACAAUCAAUGAAUAACGUGGGCCAAUUUCCAUUAUCAUAUUCUUCAAAUAACGAACCACCAACUUCUGCAACAUGUAGCCAUUAUUCCCAAGAAAAUAAUGCUUCCUGGCAUACAGAUUCCCUGACAAGCUUUCUGGAUUUUCCUGCAAAUAACUCUAUUGAUAAUGGUCGGGUAGAAAACAGUGCCUGCACUAUCAUGGCAUCUGAGGAGUACCGUAAGCAAAAUGAUUGGAAGGACUUGGCUGAGCAGCUACUUAGUGAUGAUGAUACUUUGACUUCUAAUUGGAAUGACCUACUUGCUGACAACAUUCAAGAUCUUGAGCCAAAGGUUUCAAAACCAUUUUCAGAGUUUCCAGAACAUCAAUCCCAAGGCCAUCAGGAACUUCCUGCUUCAUAUGGAGAAAAUUGCAUUAGUGUUGCCCCCUCUUCCUCAGCAAAUUCUGCUCCGGCCAAGUCACGAAUGCGUUGGACACCAGAACUUCAUGAGACCUUUGUCGAGGCUGUCAACCAACUUGGCGGGAGUGAAAGAGCUACUCCUAAGGGUGUGCUGAAGCUCAUGAAAGUUGAAGGAUUAACUAUAUAUCAUGUUAAAAGCCAUUUGCAGAAAUACAGGACAGCUAGAUAUAGACCAGAGUCAUCUGAAGUUAUGGAUAAAAAAUCAAGUUCCAUUGAAGAGACGUCAUCUCUAGAUUUGAAAACUGGUAUUGAGAUUACUGAAGCUCUACGACUACAAAUGGAGGUUCAGAAGCGGUUGCAUGAACAGCUUGAGAUUCAAAGAAAUCUCCAGUUGCGAAUAGAAGAACAAGGAAGGUACCUUCAAAUGAUGUUUGAAAAGCAAUGUAAACCUGGAACUGAAACGUUCAAGGCACUGUCAUCUACCAUUGAGAGUCCAUCUGGAAUGUCUUCAAAUGCUACUAGAGAUUUCCCUGCCAAUAAUGAAAUGGAAGCAUCACUAGCAGACCCAUGCAAGUCAGGACCUGAUCAAGUUAUCAGCAGUGCUACAGUCAAGGAAGGAUCACCAGAAAAGGGUGGGACGCCGGAUUCUCCCCAAACUCAACAUGCUAUUGCUAAUGAAGAUAGUGCUCAAGCCCCAAAGCGUCAAAGAACGGAGAAAGCCAUAUGAUCUGCAGAAUCAGUGUCAACAGUGAACUUACAAGACAAUACUGAUUCAUGAAAGAUUUCAUUUUAGCAAGAAUGACUAAGCUGAAUGAUGGUCAAGGUCCGUAACUUAUGAGUUCCUCCUGUCCUAUUGUGGUCAAUGAGUGUUUGCAUGUGUACCAUGUACAUUAAGCAAAAGAUGACGAGUCAAUUGCUUGAAAAGCUUUGGUCAAAUUUUUGCCGUUAGAUAUCCUCCUUGGUAGAUAGUUUGUAAAUACCACUGUAGGCCCUUACUAAAGCUUGCGGCAUACUCUAUCCUUGGAAUGUGUUAUCCUUCCUGUGUCAUAAACUUAACCGUAUAGCCCAGAAAAAGGAAAAACAGAUGACGAGUCAAGUCAACGAGCUUGUAGCUCAACUUGAUGAUGUCGGAGGUUCAAUUGGUCACUUAUCCGUUUCUGUAUUUGCUUUCAUCUCUAAUGUAAAACUAGAAACUAAAAAUCAUGAGUCCAUAGUUUUGAUCAUGGAGUUUUACAACACCUUUAUCUGGUUUCCUAGUCGUGAGAGAAUGAGAUUCUAGUGUUCAGAUAAUGACAUUACAUCAUAGGCAAGGGACGUAAUUUAGAUCCUCUAUUAUGUUCCUUUUCUUCUAAUUGUACUAAAAAAAGGAUAUACUUCUAGUUAUACCAAUUAUAGUAUAUGUUUCGUUUCCAAUUCCACAUGACGGUGUUUGGUCCACUUCUCUUCCAGCCAUAAGAUCCCCUAUAAGGCAUUAACCACAGUAGGCACAAGGCAAUAUUGUUAAAAAAAGAGUAAAUUGGCCAUUUUAUUAUGUCUCAUACUAAAGAAGACUAAUGUCGUUAUGUUGAAGGGAGUCGGGGAGAUAAGGAAGCUCAGGUGCAUUAUUGAAUCAAUGACGAUAAAGUGUAUUAUUAUACGUUAACCUCACAGGAGUUAGUAUAAUUAUCCUUAUUAUAUAUGUAUGCUAGAACAACACCUUGUCCGUUGUACGGAAAAUCAAAUAAAAAGUAACAGUUGUUUCAAU